CGCAGAGCUGAGCGGCGGCGCGUGCGGCCGACCCUGGGGACCAUGGGCUCCAUGUUCCGGGGUGAGGAGGUGGUGCUGGUCCAGUUCUUCCUGCCCACAUCUGCUGCCUAUUCCUGUGUGAGCCAGCUUGGCGAGCUGGGUCUCGCGGAGUUCAGAGACCUCAAUGCCUCGGUGAGCGCCUUCCAGAGACGCUUCGUGGGGGAUGUUCGGCGCUGCGAAGAGCUGGAGAAAACCUUCAUGUUCCUGCAGGAGGAGGUGCGGCGGGCUGGGCUGGUGCUGCCCCCACCCGAGGGGAGACUGCUGGCACCCCCGCCCCGUGACCUGCUGCGCAUCCAGGAGGAGACGGAUCGCCUGGCCCGGGAGCUCCGGGACGUGCGGGGCAACCAGCAGUCCCUGCGGGCCCAGCUCCACCAGCUGCAGCUGCACUCCGCCGUGCUGGGCCAGGGCCACCACCUCCCGUUGGCAGCCGCCCCCAUGGAUGGGCUCUUGGAAAGAAGCCCCCUGCUCCAGCCCCCAGGGGGGCCCCACCAGGACCUGAGAGUCAAUUUUGUGGCAGGGGCUGUGAAGCCCACCAAGGCCGCUGCCCUGGAACGCCUGCUCUGGAGGGCCUGCCGGGGCUUCCUCAUCGCCAGCUUCAGGGAGACGGAGCAGCAGCUGGAGGACCCGGUGACGGGUGAGCCUGCCACGUGGAUGACCUUCCUCAUCUCCUACUGGGGCGAGCAGAUUGGGCAGAAGAUCCGCAAGAUCACAGACUGCUUCCAUUGCCACGUGUUCCCGUUCGUGGAGCAGGAGGAGGGCCGCCUCGGAACCCUGCAGCAGCUGCAGCAACAGAGCCUCGAGCUGCAGGAGGUCCUGGGGGAGACGGAGCGCUUCCUGAGCCAGGUGCUGGGCCGGGUGCAGCAGCUGCUGCCGCCGUGGCAGGUGCAGAUCCGCAAGAUGAAGGCGGUGUACCUGGUGCUCAACCAGUGCAGCAUGAGCGCCACGCACAAGUGCCUCAUUGCCGAGGGCUGGUGCGCCUCCAGCGACCUGCCCACCCUGCAGCAGGUGCUGCAGGACAGCUCGAGUGAGGCGGGUGUGAGCGCCGUGGUUCACCGCAUCCCCUGCCGGGAAAUGCCCCCCACACUCAUCCGUACCAACCGUUUCACGGCCGGCUUCCAAGGCAUCGUGGACGCCUACGGCGUGGGCCGCUACCAGGAGGUCAACCCCGCGCCCUACACCAUCAUCACCUUCCCCUUCCUCUUCGCCGUGAUGUUCGGCGACGUGGGCCACGGGCUGCUCAUGUUCCUCUUCGCCCUGGCCAUGGUGCUCGCGGAGAACCGGCCAGCCGUGAAGGCGGCGCAGAACGAGAUCUGGCAGACCUUCUUCAGUGGCCGCUACCUGCUGCUGCUCAUGGGGCUGUUCUCCGUCUACACCGGCUUCAUCUACAACGAGUGCUUCAGCCGCGCCACCACCAUCUUCCCCUCGGGCUGGAGCGUGGCGGCCAUGGCCACCCAGUCCGGCUGGAGCGACGCGUUCCUGGCCGAGCACCCGCUGCUCACCCUGGACCCCGCAGUCAGCGGUGUCUUCCUGGGACCCUACCCCUUCGGCAUUGACCCCGUCUGGAGCCUGGCCGUUAACCACCUGACCUUCCUCAACUCCUUCAAGAUGAAGAUGUCUAUCAUCCUUGGGGUCACCCACAUGACCUUUGGGGUGGUUCUGGGAGUCUUCAACCACGUGCACUUUGGCCAGUGGCACCGGCUGCUCCUGGAGACGCUGCCCGAGCUGAUCUUCCUGCUGGGGCUCUUUGGCUACCUCGUCUUCCUGGUCAUCUACAAGUGGUUGUGCUGCUCAGCCACCAGCGCUGCCUCAGCCCCCAGCCUCCUCAUCCACUUCAUCAACAUGUUCCUCUUCUCCCACAGCCCCACCAACCAGUCCCUCUUCCCCGGGCAGGAGGGGGUGCAGUCUGCACUGGUGGUCCUGGCCCUGGCCACCGUGCCCGUCCUGCUGCUCGGCACACCCCUGUUCCUGCGCUGGCAGCACCGCCGCUCACUGAGGCCCACUGGCCGCCAGCCGGAAGAGGACAAGUCCGGGAUUCUGGACUCCUCCGAUGCCUCCGUGGCUGGCUGGGGCUCUGAUGAGGAGAAAGUGGGGUGCCUGGGGGACAGAGAGGAGGCCGAGUUUGUGCUGUCCGAGGUGCUCAUGCACCAGGCCAUCCACACCAUCGAGUUCUGCCUGGGCUGCAUCUCCAACACAGCCUCCUACCUGCGUCUCUGGGCCCUGAGCUUGGCCCACGCCCAGCUGUCGGAGGUCCUGUGGGCCAUGGUGAUGCGCGUGGGCCUGCGCAUGGGCCAUGAGCUGGGCGUGGCGGCCGUGGUGCUGGUCCCCAUCUUUGCCGCCUUCGCCGGGUUGACCGUGGCCAUCCUGCUGGUGAUGGAGGGGCUCUCGGCCUUCCUGCACGCACUGCGGCUGCACUGGGUAGAGUUCCAGAACAAGUUCUACUUAGGCAGUGGCUACAAGCUGAGCCCCUUCACCUUCGCGGAGGAGGACUAGCGCCCACCUGUGGCCACGCCCAGGCCCCUGCCCUUACCUACGGAGACAAGAAAUAAAGAUGGACUA